CUGCCCUUAUAUCGAGUUACCGGAGUGAUUGGCGGCGCCAGGUGGGCUGCUGGAAGGAUGUCCCUUCCUGGGGCACAGAGAGAGAGAAUCAGUGAGCGGUAGCCGGGCGGAGCGAGUGUGAGCCGGGAGGAGGGAGGCAGCAGCUCGGUCUGUGUCCCUGUCCCCGUGUGUGUGUGUGUGUGCGUGUGAGGGGGCCCGGGCGGUGUGUCUGAUGGGCCGGAGAUGUUGGCCAGGAAAGGCCUGGUGCCCGAGGAGUAUGUGCUGCGGCUGGUGGAGGACGUGUCCAGGCCCCGGUACCGGGCCCGGGAGCGCAAGGUGCGCUUCGUGGCCAAGAACGGCGCCUGCAACGUGGCGCACACCAACAUCCGAGAGCAGGGCCGCUUCCUGCAGGACGUCUUCACCACCCUGGUGGACCUCAAGUGGAGGCACACGCUGCUCAUCUUCACCAUGUCGUUCCUGUGCAGCUGGCUGCUCUUCGCCAUGAUCUGGUGGCUGAUCGCCUUCGCUCACGGUGACCUGCACCAGCCGGGGACCGGGACCGGAGGCGGCGGGAGGGCCGUGCCGUGCGUGACCAGCCUGCACUCGUUCACCUCGGCGUUCCUCUUCUCCGUCGAGGUGCAGGUCACCAUCGGCUUCGGGGGCCGCAUGAUCACCGAGGAGUGCCCGGCCGCCAUCACCGUGCUGCUGGCGCAGAACAUCGUCGGCCUGGUCAUCAACGCCAUCAUGCUGGGCUGCAUCUUCAUGAAGACCUCGCAGGCGCACCGCCGCGCCGAGACGCUCAUCUUCAGCCGCCACGCCGUCGUGUCGCCGCGCAAUGGCCGCCUCUGCUUCAUGUGCCGGGUCGGCGACCUCCGCAAGAGCAUGAUCAUCGGCGCGACGGUGCGGCUGCAGCUGGUCCGCCAGACGGCCACGGCCGAGGGCGAGGUGCUGCCGCUCGACCAGAUCGACGUGGAGAUGGACAGCCCGGUGUCGGGCGGCGGCAUCUUCCUGGUGGCGCCGCUCAUCAUCGCGCACGUGAUCGCGCCCGGCAGCCCGCUGUACCCGCUGCGCGCCGCCGACCUGCACGGCCGCCAUUUCGAGAUCGUCGUCAUCCUCGAGGGGGUGGUCGAGACCACCGGCAUCACCACCCAGGCCCGAACCUCGUACCUCUCCGACGAGAUCCUCUGGGGCCACCGCUUCGUCGCCGUCGUCAGCCAGGAGGACGGCCGCUACUCGGUCGACUACUCCAAGUUCGGUAACACCGUCCGGGUGCCCAUGCCCGACCUCGACGCCGAGCAGGCCCAGGUGCAGGCCCAGGCCCGGGGUCACGCCGCCACCUUCGACAUCUUCCCGCCGCCCGAGCACACCACCCGCAGGAGGAACCUCACGGAGCCGCACCGCCUGCACUCCGAGACCGGGGAUGAGGAAGAGCAAGGGAGCAGCGACAGGCCAUGAAGUACACAGGCAGGCAGAGACAAUUCCCAAACCCAAAGGAACCCGAUGUACUUAAAUAUAUAUUAAACAUAUGGCUCUUUUGUGGUGUUAGUGGGUGGGGUCGACUUAACGUGUUCGUUAAUUCUCUAUAGCAAUAAGCCUCGGGGAUGUUUGAAACCUCUUUCUCGGGCAGGUUCCCCCUGGUGCUGAAGUUAACAGUUCCUCACGGGUUUGCGAGAAGCGAUUGGUUGGGUUUGCAUCAGGCUAGUGCACACCAUGUCUCAGAGAGCAACAGCCGUGCCUCAAAAGUGUAGGAGCACGCAGCCCCCGGUAAACUCAAUAGCCUUCGCUGUGCCUGGACGCGACAAUCUUUAUACAAUCAUUGCCGGCUGCGAAUCGAAGAGACCAGGUUCGAUGAGUAAAUAAGUCAGUCUUGUGUGUGAUCUCUUCCCCGAUGGAAACCUAACCAGCUCGACCGUGUAGGGUUUAAUCACAGAAUCAGACCCACCCUAAGGCAGUGAAGCAUUACAUUUAUCAUGUGUGUCUCGAAGUAAUAUGUGGAUAAUAAGUGGAUGCAAAUGGAAAGGACAUCUUUCCCUUUAUUUCUGUUAUUGACAGCUGAGUUAAAGAUCAGUGGUAUGAUUCAGAGGUCGUAGGAAUUGCCGAUGCUGGAGAAUCUGAGAUAACAAGGUGCAGAGCUGGAUGAACACAGCAGGCCAAGCAGCAUCAGAGGAGCAGGAAAGCUGACUUUGAGUAGCAGGUUUCCUCAGACAUUUUGUACUUGCAAACUCGUUGCGAUGCACAUAGGCACGUUGUUUUUGAGUGCAUGGAUGGCAUCCUCCCGACCAUUCUCAUUUGAACCACUGCACCUGGUAUAUUGAAACUGCAGAGUAAAUGUAAAAUUGUAUGAGAUUGCACUCGGUGCCAUGUUGAUAAAACGCGACUAAUUCCUCCUAGUUGUAUCGUUAAAUAGAAUGACACUGACGUUUCCCACUAACGCUACCAAUUAUGAAGACGUGACAAACACAUUCGUUUAGGGAAAAGAAAGGUAAAAUGGACGAAAGAAAAAGACAUUAAUCAAUCGAAUAUUUUUUCCAGUAAUUUGUUUAUUCACUUGAAACAAGAAUAAAGAAUGGCGAAACAUCUAAUUGUUGGAAACAACAUUGGAGAUUUUUUAUCUACUUUUUUUAGUUGAUUAGCAAGAGUUGAUUUAAAAAAAACUGAAAAGAACCUUUCUGGUUUAUGAGAUGGGAGAAGAGUGUUUCCCAAGUCUCAGAGAAUUGUAUAAUUACGGGGUCAUUGGAUGCUAAUUCUUUCAAUGUUGUAAGAUAAUUAGCAGAAACUAAUCAACCUUAAUACUGUUUUUGUUGAUACAACCCUCCCAUCUAGACUGCCAUUACAAUUGUUUUAACCAACCCAUUCGGAGAUGUAUGAUAUCCUCCGAGACAGGUGAAACUCGAACCGACAUUUUCUGCCGAGAGAGAUAGUAGGAUGGGUAUGGACGCUACCAGUACACCAUAAGAGCCUCUAGGUUCCCAGCACACGUCUACUAGUUUGCUAGUUUGUUUUUCCUUUAUAAUCGGCCGUAGGUUUCAGGUCUCAAGUUCGCCCAGUCAUUGAGCCCACAAGUCAGGGAGUUUACAACAACGAUUAGACCGAUGUAUGUAUGUUUUCGGAGAUCAGAAUGUCGGCGAUGCUACUUAGUUCCAUCAACACACUCAAAUAUUGUAAGCAAACCUUGGGAAUUUAGAUCUGGGGUCAAAUUAUCUGGUCUGCAGUUGUACAAGUGCGUCCACAUGGGAGCAGAAACAUGCCAUUAAAAAAAAACAAGCUAAGCCCGGAAAUAAACAGAAGAUUUCAAACUAAAAUCGUUAAUGCAAGGGCAACUUACCAGUAGAAACCAAACUACAGAUGGAGCAAAGGGUGCGAUUACGGUGCAGUAUUACUUUGGAACAAUAUAAGAAUGACAGCUCAACUUUAAAGCCUAAUCACGGAGCUCCUGAAAAGAGUAUUUGGGUUAGAACCUCUUGAUCGGUUUUCUAUCCAAACUCUAUCGCAUGCAUUUAUUCUAUAAUACGUUUCACUCCAGUACCACUACAUCUGAGCUAGUAUCCUUGAACAAAAAUCUAAACAUUAAGCAGUCCAAUGUUCGCUGGGAGUGUGGAGUCGGAAGAUCUGCCCUCUAGAGUCAAGCUUUUGUACGUACACAUCGCAAAUUUGCCAAUCUAAAGGAAGGAAACAAAAGCAAUUUUUCUACCUGUGAAAAUGAUAUUUAUCAUUUAUGUUUCCAGCAAUGAAAUGACCGAAGUUUGCUAAAUAAUUCAUGAUUUCUGUUCUUACCCUUCAGAAACCUAAUCUUCAGAAAUAAAAUGUUUUCACAUCUUUCGAUUUUGUUGCUCACCAUUUAAAACUUUUCUUUCCUCCCUCGCAUAAUACUGUGAAACACACGAUUCAAAUUGCAAGCCGGAGGACAUGACAUCCGAAAUCGCCAAUCUGUGUUGGAUUUGAAGUUCAUGGCGCCCUCUAUUGCUUUGCGAGCUGAAUUCAUACAUUUAAAAAUUCAAAGAAUAACCACAAAAAAUUAUUUUAAAAUGUGUAAUUCAAGGGUAAAUUCCAUUGUUCAGUAAUGUGUAAAAAUAACUUAGUUAUUUAAAUGAACAUGUGUACACAACUAGUGUAAAAAUUCCCGAGUACACCUCCACUCUCAAGCAGAGAUUGCUGAUUCUGUGUCUAUAAGGGAGUUUGUGCAACGGCAAACAGAUUAGUUAGAGUUAACAGCAUGAUUACAAAGAGGAAAUACCCCAGGUCCAUUGUGUACAAAAAGAAAUGAAGCCGUAAAUUAUCUCACCACUGUGCUACUCAAUGUUCAUCCAUUUUUUAAAAGAGACCCUCUCUUGCUUUAUUCGCAAUGUGCAUCACCCUGUACACCUUAAAAAUCCAGGCAUAGCAAUUAGUGAAGCAAACAAGAUAUGCAUUUCCUUGGAACAUUGUAAUGGUCAUCAUUUUCUUUGACUUCAGAAGGUGAAAAAAAAGGUGUAUCACAUAUCCCAAUAAUAUAGGUGUAACAAAGGCAUGAACAAGAGUUCCAGCAGAAAAUAAGUUAACGCAGAGGCACAGUCAAGUAAGGUUACAAAGAUAGAAAUACAAUUUCUUAGUAAUUGUUCAGAUAUGUUUUCAGAAGCUGAUCUUAGUAUCAAGUAUGACUUAAAGGUUGUGAACAGUCUGUAUCAGCAUCAAACAAUUAUCAAGGAGAAGGAUAGAGGUUGAUUGCCAGUGAAACCAAAAAAAAUGACUUUGGCCUUUCUUACUUUUAAUGGAUGAAAAUUUCUGUUCCAUCCAUUACUGAAUGUAAAAUUAUCAGGAUGAGCAUUUUGAGUUAGUGGGGAGACAUUGCGAUGUGGUGGCACAAUAGAGUUAUCAGUGCUUGUGGAAAUUGAUUCAGCACUUUCAGGUGGUGUUGCAAAGGUACAGUGUGUAAAUGAGAAACAGAUUUAAGGGAUAAUAGUGUAGCAGAGGAAGGUGAUUCUCUGAUUAUUGAUGACAAGAGGAUGAUUUUGUGGUCACCUAUCAAAGGCUGAAGAUUGUUUGCAAAUGGAUAAAGAAGGUUAGUUUAUUAUGGUUGUAGUUACAAAGUGCCUUGCUACAUGUCAGCCUAAUGAAUACUGACUACUGAAAUAGACAAGUUGUUAAUUGAAUCAAGAAUGCACAACACUGAAUUCUUACUUAGUAUCAGCAAUGACUCAGUUGUUAAGCCUCUUCUCUGAGUCAGAAGCUUCUAGGUUCAAAUCCCACUUCAGAAACUCAGAACAAUAAUAUAGGCUGGCACACUAAUGCAGUAUUGACAGGCUGCUGCAUUGUACGAGGCAUCAUUGUUAAGAAGACAAUUCCCAGUUGGAUGUAAAAUCUGACGAUUCUUUUAAAGAAUAUAGGGGUGAUCUUUGAGAUCCUGGCUAAUAUUUAUCUAUGAAUCAGUGUCACUAAAGAAUAGUUUAUCAGGACAUUAUCAUGUUCGUUUUCUGUGAUUCACUGUGUACAAAAGGGCUGUUUUUAAAUUACACCAUUGAUUAUACUUUAUUGGCUGUAAAUUGCUUUGGGAUGUUUUGAGAUCAUGAAAGGUGCUAUAUAAAUACAUUUUCUUUUCUUUUGCAGAGACCUCAAAUCUAAAUCAUACACAGAGAUGCAUUACUUUAUUUAUUUAAUUUAUUUGUAACUAUUGAAUCAGGACUAUUGACAAGCUUUUGCUAAAAGUAAAGUGAUUAAAAACAAUUGUAGAUUAUUAUAAAGACACCACAUCACCUAACCAUACUUAUCAUAAUAUCUCAGCAUUAGUUUUGCAUGGAAAAACAGAUUAUCGCCUGUGUUAAUUUUUAAAAACUUAAUAUUUUGUAAUGUUCAAAACAUGUAAAAAGUUAACCCCUAAGAUUGCAUAAAUGUUCGCUUAUUAGGGACAUUAGUGUUGAAUCUCCAAGUGAGCUGGCUGUAGAGGUCUUCUCAGGAAAAUUAUAUAUUCAAACUGUCAAUUGGAUGGAGCUAUCAUAUUCAUUA